UUGUCGCUCGAGUCGGCUUGUAGCUUGUCGGCUUGUCGCGAGGAAGUGGAGCAAGUCGAGCAACUGUGAGUUUGCCAGCCAGCGAUCAAGGCAAGAUGUCCUUGAGAGCGACGAUGGCCCUCCAAGGCUCGAGAAGGUUCCCGCUGAGCUCCAAGGAAGGCAACAAGGACUUCUACAAGGGAUAUGGCAAUCAUCCCGGUCUCGGCAGGAAGGCGACCGGUGUCAGACGGUCAAAGCAGUCCAGAGAGACCUACCACAUCCGUCCCAGCAUGAUCAGACGCUUCGUUGUGCCUGACAGCCUCGCCACGACAGAGAUGAAGCCCUACGUAGCUCUCACAGAAAAGAGCUCACAGGACAGCAUAGACCCACCCACAACGCCUGCAGGCUGGCCUAUGGCGGACACCAAGCCAGAAGCCAGCAGAAGCAGCCUACGUGGCGGCAUCUUUGGGCCAAAGGGCAUGGACGGUGCUUACUACCUCCAGCUUGCUCGCUACAACUCGCUUCGACUCAAUCAAAGUGACCUAGCUACCUCGGCCUCCCGCGGUGUUCUCGGCCAUUUGAGAGAUAGCGUUUCUGGCCUACUUCGUCCGAAGAAGUCUGCUUGAUCCUAUUACGAGACGACGACAAACGCAAGGCAUGAUACCGUCUGUCAUCCACUGCAAUCAGAGCCUCUCCGAGCUCGCGCAGACCGAACCGCUCGGACCUGCCAUCGGCG